AUGUUGGGGCUCAUCUGCCUCUUCGGCGCCGGCACGGACGCCACGAGCUUUCUCCACUGGACCGAGUGGGCGGCGCAGCGAUUUCCCUUCAUCGAGCUGCUGCUGCUAGUGCUGCCCGGGCACGGCAUUAACCGCCAGAUCCCCCUGGAGAGCGAUGCCAAGGCCUUGGCUCGGCUGGGUGCGGAUGAGCUUUUGGGCCUUGGCCUCUCAGGUGACAUCUUCAUCUUGGGCUUCUCCGCGGGCGCUACGGCGGGCCUCGCGCUCUGCCAAGAGCUCCAGAGCCGGCACGCACGGGUUCGCAAGCUGUAUGUCGCGGGUCGCGCGGGGUGCCAGGUUCGCUACCGGCCCCCGAACCACGAGGAGAUCUGGGCCUUUGACCCACUGGACUGGGCGCGGUGGUUCGCGGCCAACUUCGCCACGGAAGAGGCCCAGGCAAAAACCGAGGCCCGGCAAGAGGUGUGGGGCACAGGCGGGGCAACGACCGAGGAGCGGUUGAUCAGCCUCUCCGACGGGCGGGAGGAUGGGCUUUUGAAGUCCAUCGCCCUCACCCAACGGGUCAGCUGCGACCUCCAUGCAGUGGCCUCCCGCGCAGACGCGGUGUGGCCGGCUGAACGCGCGCUGCCCGGCGCGAAGUCAGAGAUGUUGUGA